GAGUUCAACCCUUGGAUGAGUUGAAGUAUGAGGGCAUUUUUAGUUUUACUUUUGGCUGGAUAUGUUAUACUCUGUCACGCAGGGUCAAUUAAGAGAAAUAAAAGAGGAUAUCUAUCGCGUACUGGUUUGUGCGCAAAACCGGAGAAUAACUUUAAGAUAAAGGAUCCUCGGUUGAAUUUUUGGGGAGUCGCCUAUGUGCUGCCAGACGACGCUAAUCCUAAAUGUACAGAGUCUGAAUGUUCAGAAGACAGUCACUGUGAUGCAGACCGCAAGUGCUGUAGGAACUAUUGCGGUGGCAUGGUCUGUACCCCUACAAUGAGAGAUCCUGACCCAUGCAAGAAAUUCCAGUGUCCAGUUGGCCAAACUUGCAAGGUUCAGUAUGUUCCAUGCGUGAUGCCCAAAUGUAAGGACGCCAUUGCUGUCAAUAGACCAACAUGUAUCAAAGAUCCGUCGGCUGCCGCUCCUGCAGCACCCCCACCUGCCCCUCCUGCAGUAGCAACAAAUCCUGUGCAGCCAAGUUAUGCCCCGCCCAUGUUCCAGCAACCGUCGCCAUACCAACAGCAGCCAGAGGCACCUUAUUACCCGCAGCCAAUGGCAUCUUUGUCACGUGGCAUGCCACCAAUGGCUGCAUUUCAAAAUGACGAGCUCGGCAAUGAAGCAAGCCCACAAACUGGUUUAGCCGGAACUCAACCGAACGCGGAAACGGGAUUGAGUGACGCCUCUCUUAUGAAUGCUUUUCAAAACGAGAACCAGCCGCUGGCUUUUCAAAAUGAUAACCCUCCUCCCACUGAUCAAAAUAACUUUUUACAACCUCCUCUGACGGAAGAACAGCAGCAACCCUUCGCUGAUGUACCCGAGAGCGCGAGUCCUUCUCUGGCUCCCCCCAUGACUGCACUCCAACCCAGAUGGGACCGAAGCAAAACUCUUCAAUAAAUACGUUACGUUAGGACAUCUGAUUAUUGACUUUCAAUGGAUUGUUAAUGAGAGCUCGCGCUGUCAUCAGAUGUAACGGUUCUCAGAGGCGAAGUGUUUUGUACCGCCAGAAAUCAGGUUCAAACUCAGAGAAUAUGUACACAUCCAUUUUUCUACCUCCCUCAAAUAAUUUAACGAAUGGCCCAGUUAUACGAGGGAAAGCCAGAAAACUAAAGGAAGACGACUCGCUUUGCUAUUGGAGGACAUUGUAACGAAUCUUCCUGUAAUUGACGAUAGCCCUUGUAUAUAGCCCUCCAAUUAAUUGGUUGAAAUAGGAUUAUAGUGUAGCAAAGUAACUGUGGUCGAGACAAUGUGGUAGUAACUACAGAAAAAGGAAUAAACAAGAACAGUUGCAACUAG